AUGGCAUCAAGCCUGAGCCAUUCAGAACGAUGGACGCUUUUACUUGUCGCCGGAGCUUCAAUAGCAGUCAUCUCAAAUACGUUCCAGGGUGAUGGUGCGCCACUGGUGGCAUCCAUUGCGUUCUCAACAUUGGCAUUUUCAAUGACGUAUGCUUUUAUUCGAUGGUCAGGUCCAGCCUUCGCCAAAGCCGGGUUGAAAGGGAAAGACAUGAGCAAAUUGAGGCCAGGUGAAAUCCCGGAAGGCCUGGGAGCUGUUGCGGCUUCAGUCUACAUCCUUGCGCUGAUGGUUUUCAUUCCCUUUGCGUUUUACAAAGAUAUUGUAGCCGCGACUUCAGGAGGCGGUAAUCGAGAUGUCGUUCUUUCCAUCACGGAAGUCGAAACAGGUCGCUUUUUACACCGGUUCCCUCACUCGAAGCUAUCGUCGUAUCAAUCAGCUCUCAACACUCUGCAAGCAACAACUAUUUUGGGUAUGGCUGACGACAUUCUUGAUCUUCGAUGGCGGCAUAAAUUCUUCAUCCCAGCAGUCGCAUCCCUACCACUUCUAAUCGUGUAUUACGUUGAUUUCGGAGUCACCUCAGUCGUGGUUCCGAACUUUCUGGUUCCAUACAUGCCCAACCAAGCCAGAUUGGUUCACCUAUCCUUCUUCUACUAUCUAUAUAUGUCUGCUCUGUCGAUCUUCGCACCAAACUCAAUCAAUAUUCUAGCAGGGAUCAACGGAAUUGAGGUUGGGCAAUCGAUAGUUAUUGCAGGACUUCUCAUCUUAAAUUCCUCGCUUUACCUCGUCCCAUUCCCUGGAAAUCCAGUUUUGAGCAAUGGAUAUGCAGCCAACCCACAUCCUGCGACAGACUCGCAUCUCCUAACGCUCUACCUCCUUCUGCCAUUUCUUGCCGUGUCCACAGCCCUUUAUAUCCACAACCGAUAUCCUGCCAGAGUCUUUGUGGGCGACACAUACUGCUACGUUGCAGGCAUGACAUUCGCAGUGGUGGCCAUCAUGGCGCAUUUCAGCAAAACUCUCCUCCUUCUUUUGAUCCCACAGAUCAUCAACUUCAUCUACAGCUGCCCACAGCUCUUCAAACUGAUUCCCUGUCCACGCCACCGACUUCCAAAGUUCAAUGCACGAACUGGGCUUCUCGAACCUAGCGUCACCCCAUGGACACCUGAGAAACCGCCCAGCAAGCCCCUUACCGCAGUGUUCAUCGGACUGGAAAGGCUUCACCUGAUCCAGGUAACCGUCGAUCCGAAGACAAACAGGAUAUCGGCGACGAGCAACCUCACCAUUAUCAAUCUCUGGCUGGUUUGGAGAGGCCCAAUGCGAGAAGAUCAAUUGACCAGAGAAUUAUUGAUAAUGCAGACCGCUUGUGGAUUUUUAGGGCUCCUUGUACGACAUACCAUGGCGCUUUUGAUCUUCAGUGUCGAUAACAGAGGAAAAUAUGGAAAUUCGUUCCCGGUCUAG